AGGACAGAGCAGCCAAUGACAGGGUGCAUUUAAACCAGAUGCCUAUGUGACCAAACCAAUGGGAGCGCAGCUGCAUUGUUUCCCUGCCUGCACGGCUCUGUUUAGUGCGUACAUGUGACAGCAGAAGGCGCUUACUGGUAUUUAAACAUCAUCGAUUGUGUGCAGACGUGGUCGGCUCACCAAUGCAGGUAAACAAGCCAAAACACAAUGGCUCGUUUGGCUCCCUGUUAUGGACGCUCUGAAGCCCUUCUCUCUUUUUAACUCUCAGUGAAGAUCUCCAUUUUUCCCAGCCGCGCGUCAUCUUUGAACAUAAACGGACUUAUUUUAAGCUGCUGACGAGAAAAGGCACCUUGUUGUCUCCACAGUUAGGCGGAUGUUUUGACACCUGUAGCUGAAUCUGGAGCUCACAAAAACGGAGGUUGGUUUGUUUUACAUCUAUUCAGCAUCCGCCCUGCAGCAGAGGUGCUCCGGCGCUGUUUGAUCUCGAGUGGGGAAGCGCAAAGGUAGCCCUAAAGCCAUUUACAGAUGCAUUAAUUUCUAAGCCGCUCUCUCUGUCCCUGCUUGCAGACAGGAAGGAGCAUGGAUAGAGAGGAAUUUGCUCUGACAAGUGCGUUGAGGGGAUUUGUAGAGCUGGGGGUGUGCUCCUGUGGAAACUAAACUAAGGACAGUGGCAGUGGAAGCACCGUCACUAACAGCUCGCCAUUUCUUUUGGAGCUUCUUUUCAUUAUUAUUUCAUAUUUUUUGGCGAGGAGAUAUACCAUUCGCUUAAUCACUCAUGGGGAAAGAGGAGUGCAAAACAAUGCUGGACGCUUUGAACAAAGUGACCGCUUGCUACAGGCAUUUGGUCAUCGCCCUGGGAAGCACCUCGGACUCGCAGAACCUGCGAGAGGAGCUGAAGAGGACCCGCAAAAAGGCCCAGGAGCUGGCCGUGGCCAACAGGACUAAACUGACCUCUCUGCUCAAAGACAAGACCAUCAGCAAAGAGGACCGGGCCGAGUACGAGCGCCUAUGGGUGCUGUUCUCGAGCAGCAUGGAGCUCCUGGAGGUGGACAUGAAAAGGUCCCUGGAGAUAGGGCAGGAUUUCCCCCUCAAGGUGCCGACGAGACACCUCAUCCAGACGGGGAUGACCGGCAGCACCACUACCGUGGCGGCCCGGGCCAUGAGCGUGCAGAACAUGAAGUACGACGCGGACAGCAACAUCGACACGGCGGACCUCAGGGACCUGCAGUCCGAGAUCUCCCAGAUGAGCCAGAUGAUGGAGGAGAUGGAGAUGAAGGUGCAGGUGGCGCCGUGGGCCGUGGAGGCGAAGCAGGAGGCAGGCGCGGAGCUCAAGUCCAACAUGAGUGUAGGAAAUUCCUCCGUGGGUGUCAUCUCCAUCUGCGAAGAGGAGCCCAAAGAGGAAGAAGGAGGAGGCAACAGGGAUGCUGGCUUUGCGUCCAUCUGCGCCGUGCUUGUAUUCUUUGUCAUCGUUACGGUCGCUGUGGUUCUGGGAUAUUUGGUCAUCAAUAUGUCCUGAACUGUCUUAACCAACAGCCCACCCUGAUGGGACACCCCGCCUACGGGCGCGCCACCGUGGUUUUCAGAGCCAGCAACUCCACAAGAGAGAGAAAGAGCUUUUUUUUUUUUUUUUUUUUUCAAUUGUGGGCUUUGAAGAGCUGAAAAAUUUGCGGACACCCGAAGUUAUUAAUCUUUCUCGGACUUGUGAAUGUAUUCGGUGGAGUUGAGGAGUUGCACUAGAUAACAAAUGUAGAACAAUAUAGGCCAGUCUGUGUCAUUCGGAGAGAAUGGACGUCGGGCACAAUUUGAGGUUAAGUAUUUUGAGGGGCCAAGGGGUCGUGUAUUUUUGGAAGGGGGGUGGGGUGGGGUGGGGUCAUGAAAUUACGUGACAGUGUCUGGCCAUCAGGACGAUACAAACAACACGUAAUCCAAGUGGAUUAGUGGAAAAGCUCAAGCGUAAAUGUAGCCUACCGUUCAGUAUUCCCCUCGAUGUUCUGCUGAUUGAUGCUUUCAGUUUAUGAUUUCAAUCCAGAAAAAGUCCGAUGUGUUCCAGCAAGCAGGUAGCCAUCUAGUCAGAGAAGUAGGGUCAAGUUGUAUGGAAACUAAUAGAGCCAGUGUUACAGUUAAGAUCUCCACAUCACACAGGUCGGGUGUGAUCAAAUCUGCACUUGUUUCACACUCCUCUUAGCACAGUUUUAAUACUUUCGUAAAAUCUGUAUAGCAAGAUUGUAGUAGGCCUGCAUCUUACUUCAUUGCAUUAAAUCACAAUGUGCUUAAUGAGAGCCUUGGGACAUGAGAGACAGUCCAGUCUUUCAAUAAUGCACCCGUUCACUGUAAGCCUGUUCAUGUUCCUUUUCAGGGUUUUUCUUGCAAACAGUGUUGAAUGUAUACAUUACAACAUGUGAAUAGAGGGUUUGUAUAUACAGACUGCUCUGUCAGAUAAUGUACAUACAUAAGUAUAUUUAUUAUAAUAAAAUUUUGAAAUACACUUGCAAACGUGCUAGCUCCCAGGUAUUUUACAAGCAAUGCCAAUGCAGGUUUUGCACAAGGGCCAUGUAUGAAUUGAAUGUCACAUUUCUCUUGGUUGAGAUACAUACAUCAGAUGUACACAGAGGUAUUUUAAGCAGAGGAUUACUAUCUUAGACGUAACCACCUUAGGGGUUAAAAUAGUGUUUGUUUUAAAAUGGAAUGGAGACUAACACAGAUGCUUAAACCCCCUAAUGGUUUUAGUUGUAAGAGUCUUUGAAGUUAUUCCUGGAAUGGUGCAUAGGUGAACUCAAAGCUGAUGGCUGUCAGAGCCAAAGCCUCCACAUGGGUGGCUGUUAGUGAAGUGAGGGUUGGGAGGCGGGACAGUUGUCCUCGGCCAUGCAUUAACUGAGCGGGCUUUGAAAGAUUUCAUACAGAACAGUUUGGGGUCAACUCAGAAAUAGUUUCAAGUCGGAAAUCUUAAUCAGAUGCUAUCAAAGACCAAAGACUGUUCACACAACAUGAGCCUGACUGCAUUUGCCCUUUAACUUAGCAAACCUUGAAUGAUUUUAUGAAAUAAUUAACAAGAAUAUGAAAUUAUAUAAUCCUUCCUUUCUGUAUUAGGGUUUUAGAGAGGUUUAACCAAAAAGAUGCAGUUUCAGUGGGCAGAUCAUUUUGUCUCAGAUUCACUUUGUGUUUCACUUUAUUUCACUCCUACCUUCCUUUUCACCUAGUGGCCAUUUUGAGUACCUUUUGUAACCUUUUUCACAGUAAUCAGACAGUAAAGCUCACACAUACAUAUAACAUUAUAGGGAAAAAAUACUAAUAUUUAAAAUAUGCAGUCAAAAUAAUUGUAUAAUUAAAUAUCUCUGUGGGUCUAAAUACAUUUAAAAAAUCCAAUUUUAUAGUAAAAGAUAUAGUUUAUGGUAUAUUAUUGAAUUGAAUAUUGGCUAAAGUAAAAAGCAGAUAUAGAUAGAAAAGAUAUUGCAUAGAAAUCUUCUCAGGUAAAAACGUGAAAGUGAGAUUUAAAGGAUAUAUAGGCAGUGCAUCAAAAGGGUGGAAAGUGCUACUAACAACAACUAUUGAAGAGAAGUGUUUAGUUAUCAAUGCUGAGAUGUUACUGUGAGGAUUCGGUGUCUCUCUGUUAUUGGUGGUGCUGUCAGGAUGAAUAAAUCCAUGUCUUUUAUCAUCUACAGUUGCUGGAAAACAUCA